AAAUUGAAGACACGCACAUAUCGUAAUUAUCUCGGCUCGUGUUAGUUAGUGGUGAUCUGAAGAACUUGGAAAGUUAUAUCAGGAAUAACGUAUAGAAAGUUGCCAAUUACCUCCAGGUAAGUAAUACGUUUUACUUGAGAUUGUUUAGAAAGUUAAACCAGCAUAUGCGUUUAUACACAGGGUUUGGUAUACGUACCCAUAGUCUUAUAAGUUAAUCUGCACCGAAGAACGAGAACGAACGAAUAUGCAAGUGUGUAAAUUGUUUCAUUGAAAUCGCGAAAGCUGAUUGGUUUGCAUAUUUAAACACGUACGAACAGACCAAAGUAAACGAACAAGUGAACGAAUGACAAGCUGGGAUGAACCGAACUAUCAGAAAUAUGUUACAACCCAUGCGAUGCAACCUACGGCUAUGAGCAUGUCUUGUUACACUUUGUCAAGUUUAAACUCAAAUUUCUUGCGAGUUUUUCUGUCACCAUUUAUAGGCUAACCUCUAUGACAUUCGUAGUUCUGCAUAUCACCAUUAUUACUAUAUUAGUCGUUGGUCGUCUAUGACUAUGGUCAUGCAUAAACAGCUACAAAUCAUACAUGCUUAACAAUGUUUCCCACUAAUUCGAAUGAAUUGAAAUGAUUCCUGUGUGUGUGCCAAAUAUUCAUACAUUCUGCUGCCUUUGGUCAUUUCAAUGUGCUAAACAACUAUUGGACAUAUCAUAAAUUAAAAUGUCAUCUCUCAGUCUACGUAUUGUAACAAAUAGAAGAAAUAUUAAAAUGUUUUCACCAGCGCGUUUGAAACUCCCUUAAGGAUAGAGAACACAUACACACAUAACCUACGCCGGCUCAAACAAAACACACGAUGUGGACUGUCUAAACUGUAUAUAGAAGCCCAAAUCAUGCGCAUACGAAACUUGCAUUUAGUUUAUUUUCAUACUCAUGGAAAUUGCCUCAUAAGAAUAGAAAUCUUUUUGAACAGCGCCCACUCAGCCAUUAAAGCGUAAAUACAGGCUGGGGUCUUUUGCAAGUAAAGAAAUGCUGGUCACGCAAUUCUCCAGUUAGGCUAUGCAUUGCAGGCUACAGUUAGCAUGCAACGUUCACAUUGUUUUGAUUUAUUUCACAUUCAAUCGAACUAUUUUUUGCUAACUGAAAAUUAAUAGAAAGCGUUGAGUUGAACGAAUGUAAACGGUAUACAUGCAGUCGUGAGUCGUUCAGUUAAUGAGGCCAUUCGUUCGUUCUCGUCCUACGGUGCAAUUAACUCAGUAUUGUACAACCCUUCAUGAUUCCAAACAAAUGUCGAGCCAUGUUGUGUCAGUUCAGUAGCAGAGCUGAUGCUACAACGAAAUAUAAAAUUUACGAAGAAUGAUUUUCGAAAAUUAGUUGAUGGAAAUGGAUUUUCAUAAGUAGGUUUAAGUCAGUGUGGUGCCUAUGUCCUAUGUUCUGUGAGAGGUCGACUUGAGUUUAGUCAUGGCUAAAAUUGCAUUAUGGCAAACGGUUAAAUAUCCAGUAAUAUUUAGUGUAGUUCCUGGUAGUGUUCCUGGUCCUGCAAUCUUUAUAUUGGUGAUCAUGCAAGCGGAACGGGUACUCGGAAUUGUUACGGGAAGCGUUGUUAUGUUUAGUAAUUUGUUUGUACGAUAUCCUUAUGUUAACUCUUCAUUACCGCAAACAAACUUAACAUUGUUUCACAGUGGACCCGAUACCACAGUCUAUUGCGAGACAACAGAAAAAGUAUGAUUUACUAUGAAUGUAUAGCGGUAUGGUUCACAUAUACCUGCGUAUGUCGGCGGGCUAUUGUCUUUAGCAGUUCAACAAAAUAAUUCACAAAAAAAUGUAUGCAUCAAAAGCUGUAAACAAUGCUAGCAAAGGCAUACCGCAGGCAUAUGUGAACCAGGCUUAUGAUCAGUAAAAUAUGUAGACGUCAUAACAUACUACUAAAGAAAAUGACGCUGCCUAUAUCUUUAUCUGCAGCAUGUAAGUUGUGUUGCUAGAUUCUGUGCAAAUAUUCUUGUAUUUGUUUCAUGUUGCAUGCUCGUAUAUAAUCAUGAAAUUAGAUCUGCCAGCUGUGACCCUUUGCCCUGGUUCCUGGAAUUUUCUAUCUAAAAGUAGUAUUACAUUUUAAAAACAGAUUAAUUUAAUAACCAUUGGGUUACGGAUCGUAUUAUCGUAUUCACUCAGCUUCUUCGAGUUUUAGUUUCAUUUAAAAGUCGCUUCUCUCUCAAAUAAUUAAGUCGAGGGCCAGCUAGCGCUGGGCGUUUGUAUGUGCAGGUAGACUAAAAGUUACAAUUUUUAGACACAUAUAGAUAAAUCCGAUCUGUGAAAGUUUCGUACAAGUUCGACUCUGUAAACAAAAGCAGCUCGAUCGUCUUGGCGAAUCAUCAAUCUGUUUGCACAAUACACCGAACCGGGGAAGUACUUAGCCUCGACUGUAGACUUUCAUUUUCGUUAUUGGCUUUUAGUGCAAUUUAUCUUGUUACAGGCGACGCAUUUACGGAAUCAUACAGUUAUAUUAGAUAAUAUAAAAGACCUUUAUAUGAUCACGUCAUCGGUAACAAGAUAAAGACUCUAGAGCCGAUAUAUCAAUCCCGAAAACGAGACUCUAUAGUCAAGUCUAUACUCAUCUGUCUUUCAUAUAAGUCGGGACAGUCACGGUCAAGGCCGUUUUUCACUCCAACCGUAUCGAAGCGUACGUCUUUGUUUCCUGAGCACUAGAGUGGAACUAUGACUUCGACACAAAAGAAAAUGCCACGUUACAGUUGAAGUGGAAAUGGCCUUUAAUUUAGGCGGCAAGGAAAAGAAAAAUACCAACCUCUGAUAUAUCAGUGAAAUACAUGUCAUUCUGUUUCAAGCGACUAAAGAUGGUUCUUCGUUGGUUUUGCACCAUGGCCAUUAUUCUGGUUGGUUUUCAAUACAGCUAUGGUCAAAACGAGCCAGUUUAUAUUUGUGGAGGUGUCGACGAUACGGAUGGUAGAACUGUCUGUGAAUGUAAGACGGACGUUUGUUAUUUCAAACUGAAUAUUGAACAUUACCAGGUAAUGUAGUAAAACUGGAACAAUAAAAUUUAACUCUCGCUGGAACAGUUUAACGAGAAUUAUUUAAAACUGACCAAGCUAUCCAGUGUAAAUAGAUUUAGUUCAGGUUUCUUCUUGUAGGAUUGGAACAAUACCUUUGCUAGACCUGUAGCAACGAUAGUGUAAAAUUGUCAGUACUAUCCAGCGUAAAUAAAGUUAGUUUAGUUUAGAGGUUUCUCCUGUUGUAACACUGGAUCAAUAGGAGAUGCAUGAUCCUUACUAGAUCUCUAAAAAAACAGUAUAGAACUGAUAAAGCUAUCCACUAUAAAUAAAGUUAGUUUAGUUUAAAUUUCCUCCUGUAGUAACAAUGUAUUUGUAAUGUGUAGUAUUUUGAACCACUUUAUUGUACUACAUAUAAGAACUGAUUGCACAUAGUUACAAACACUAAGUUUAUAUGCCUUAAUUUACAUACAAGUUAUUAGUUCAAUUAGUUCCGGUGUAAUACACUACAUAAUGGAUGGCCUUUACUGGACCUCUAGAGAGAAUAGUUUAGAACUAAUGGAGCUAUCUAGUUAGAAUCUAGUGAAACUAAAUUUGAAAUUUUUAUCUUGGAAGACAUUCACAGCUUACUCCAAAGACGCGCCAAUAGGCACUCGAGGAAGAGUAUUCUUCAUAAAUGAUACUGCAGGACUGGAACCCAUCUUGGAGAACCGCCAGACUUCGCCUUGUAACGACGUAUCCACCUGUACGCAGGCUAACACCGUAGAUGGUCAAAGCUACCGAUCGUUUAUCAGCGUAAAUAAAAGAAUACCUGGACCUACUUUAAUAGUGCCCGAAGGUGCGACAGUGGUUGUUGAUGUCACAAACUACAUGUUCACAGAAGAGACCUCGGUCCACUGGCAUGGUAUGCACCAGAGAAACACGCCCUGGAUGGAUGGCGUGGGGUACAUUACACAAUGUCCAAUACAGGCUGGUUCAAGUUUCCGCUAUAUUUUUGAAGCAACACCCUCCGGGACGUUCUGGUAUCACUCUCAUAGUGGACCACAGAGAACUGAUGGACUGUUUGGUGCACUCAUAGUCAAAGAAAAGAACCUAUAUAGGUUAUCCUCUUGGAGAUAUGGUGUGUUUGAAGAUAUACCAGAACAACACACUCUUUCAUUACUGGACUGGCAAAGAGAGUCGUCUUUGGAUCUGUUUGUUCAGAUUCAUUCCUCACUGGGUUACUACGAGGACACAGACGUCGACGAAGUACCAACACGAAGUAAUACAAGGUAGGAGGUUUUGUAGAUGAAAAUCUCGAGUGUCAAGUUCGUACAUUUAUUAGACCUAACCAGGAACAGAUGCGAAAAAUGUAAGUACAGGUCCUAUGGCAGGAACCCGCGGCUCUGCGAUUCCGGUGAAGCGCUCUAACCACUGAGACAUAGAGGCUAACUGCCGAGUUGUAACCACAUGUUCACCGAAAUCGCAAGGCCGCAGGAUCAGUGCAUGUAAGGUCCACAUUUUAUAAAGUAUAAGUGUUAUAUAGAGUUUUUGACUACUGAGAAAAAUCGUAUUUAAACACACGUAAAAAAUACGAUAUUUUUACGUGCGAAGAUAGCAUUUUUGCAAGCCAAUCAUAAAGCGUAUAGGAAAUAUGUUUGACCAAUCAGAGAACUUGUUGUAAAACGAUUGUCACAGAUGUUUUAUUGUUUUUCAAUUUUGUUUAUAUAAUAAACAGAAAAAUACAUGGGUGCUUGGAAAUACCAGAUUUAUUUCUCGUGUUGAACAUUAUUUCUCGUGUUGAACAAUACCAGAUUUAUUUCUCGUUCGCUGCGCUCACUCGUGAUAUAUCAUGUUCAACACUCGAAAUAAAUCUGGUAUUUCUGCGCUCCCAUGUAUUAUUCUCUACUUCUUUCAUUUUCCUUUUUAGUUUGCUAUUUUCCUAUGACGCAAAAGUUCAAGAUAUGCUUUUUAUUUAUAUAAGCUUGGAUAUUUUUCAGGUAUACAUCAACAUGCUCACUUGACGGAGCAGAGGUCGGCCCAAUCCCCUACUGGUCUGGAGUUAUCAACGGUCUGGGCAGACAUGCCAAAGUGCCUUUCAAGAAUUCUAGACUGAGCACAUUUUUCGUUGAACGUUGGAAAUCGUACCGUUUUCGAUUAAUUGGAGCGCAGGCGAACUAUGCAUAUAAGUUUUAUAUCGGAGGUCAUAAAUUGCGUGUCAUUGCAACGGACGGGUUUUUUAUUGAACCAAUUUCAGCAGAUUUUCUGAUAGUAAACACUGGGGAACGCUAUGAUUUCUUGCUAGACACAUACCAGUACCCGGGAACUGAUUUUCUCAUCAGAGCAGAAACACUGGAGGUGAACUGUAGCAGUUUAAAAGUGGAUGGGAAAUUAGAAACGAACGAUGCAAUUGCUGCACUGACUUAUGGAAACUCUGUGAAUAUGUUUGUCAUUGAAGAAGCCUAUAGGAAUGGCUUUUCUAAACCGGAUUGCACCAGCCAAAAUCCAUGUACUGUCGUCAACUGUCCGUUCGAGAAUUGGGCGGAGCCAGGCUACCAAUGUGUUAAUGUUGAUCAGUUUCAACUGUUAAUACCAACGCCUGAAAAGGACGUGCCGAAUUUUAGUUCAGAAUGGUCAGCAGAAGACGCGACGUUCUUCUUUAAUUUCGGUUUUGAUAGUACAGAAGUCACCAGCACGGUUAACGGACGGAAUUUUGUAGUGCCUAGUAUUUCAUUACAGACAGAACAAGAAGAUAAGGACAACAUGACAGUGUGUUCAGAUGUAAGCGCAGCAUGUAUGAAGGAAGAUUGUCAAUGUACGCAGAUAUUGGACCUUGGGGAAAACUUCUACAACAAAACAAUAAGGUGA